AUGAACACACCGGUACCACUAAAAGCCUGGCUGAAGGACUCUGAUGCAGAUUCAUUUCAGUGGCUGAGUACCAAAAAAGAUGGCUUUCAGUUUGAGUACACUGAGAGCAGCGUGGUGCAGAUGAGAUUCCUAAGACUCAACAGCAAUCUGGCUAGCCAGAACAUAACCUUCGCCUGCCAGCCAGGCAGCAGGCAAGGAACAACAGAGAGGGAGAUUAAGUUCCUCGCUGACACAAGGAGGCAAAGUUAUGUGGGGACAUUACGUGAUUGUAUGCCUGCUGAAGCAUUUGACCUUGGAUCCCAGGAGUCUGUGUUCCAGUUUGAGACCAACGACCUGGUUCUCCUACCAAUCAGAGACUUGGCUUUGUUUGGCAACAGUGACCUCAUCGAGGAGUUCAGCUUCACUGUUGGGCCUGUUUGCUUCAGUUAGGACCAAUUGCACACGCUUGGCCAGGAGGACAGCUGAGUUUAGGACUGCCUUUCAUUUGGCCCUCCAGCAGAGGAGAGCUGGAGUUAGGAAACAGCAGAAAAUGAAAGAAACAGUACAAGGAAGCCUUUUUGUACUGUCUGGGACCAGGAAAUCAUGUAUAUCAGCAGGAAAUGGCAACUGAACAUUCUAAACUGUUUGUCUUACUUUUCAGGUGGCAGUUACAUUUUGGUUUAAGCAGAUUAUCACAUGGUUUUGUUUACAAAGGCUUUAAAAACUUGAUCCUGGUGCUUAUUUAUAUGUUGGUUAUGUUUAUGGUUAUUUUGCCUAGAUUGUGUAUAGAUUAUUUGUACUAUCAAGUGCUGGAUUUCCUUUUUUACAUCAGGUAUGUUCAUGACCAGCAAACUGUGGAACAAAUCUGUGUCAGAUCUCUCCAACAAUGUGCUCUAAAUUAGAGACACGGCUAACUUUGAUGAACAAUACAAAACCUCACCACCAUUCCACACAUUUUUUUAGAGUCCAACUUUCAACAUUUACCCCUUUAUUAACAUUUCUUCACAAGCACAGGUUCCUCCACUUGGGACUGCAGUUAAUAUUUCUAUUGACAUUGCCAAGAUACAUUAUUAACUGAUCAAUUAAUAUUUCUAUUGACAUUGCCAGGAUACAUUAUUAACUGAUCAAUUAAUAUUUCUAUUGACAUUGCCAUGAUACAGUACAUUAUUAACUGAAAUAGAUUGGUCAUUUGUAUUUUGUUCAGGUAUCAUUUAUAUUACCCUGUCUGUGCACAAGAUUAGUUAAUUCUGUCUUACACAUACCUUGUUGUCAUUUAGGGCAACGUGUAUAUGAUAAGGCUGAAACACAUCUUCUUCACAUACUGACAUCUAAAAGCUUUAAAGGGACAGAUCACCCCCAAAAGACUUUCCAUGACGUACAUUUAAAGCUAGUAUUAACCUGUACUAUGUUUCUUUGUCUAUGAAACAUAAAAUUAGGAGCUUUUUAUGCCUAGACAUUGCAAUCAAUGUUCUCUACCUUACUCCCAUCUUGCUUUGACAUGGCAUGUUUCAACUUAAGCUGUUUCCCAUCACGUAUGGAUCAGAUCCAGAUUUUGGACAUACAGAAUUAUUGCCCCUAAAGUUUUGCAUGAAGUAUACAUUGAUGUGGUUGCCUUAGCUGGCUGAGACAAUACUGUUUCUUUUGUAUUUGUAUUUGUUUUGUUUUGUUUUGGGCUGUCAUUUUCUUAGAUGUAUAUUAGUUAUAUUUUUCUAAUCUUACUGUAAUUUAUGGUGGUAAUUUUGGUAAUUUAUAUAGACAUCAUACCAUCUCCUAACCUCAAUAAAUGCCAUGGCAGAUACCAUCUUGUAACUGUUUUUUUUUUUUGUUUGUUUGUUUGUUUGUUUUUUUGCGGUAGUAAUAAAAAAACCUAAGAUGAUGAUACAUUUUGGCCAUCAAGAUGUUUACAGGGUGUUACAUGUCCAGGGUUAAGAUUUAUUUUUCUCACUGCUAGGAGGCAUGCUUGGCUCUUUCAAGGUUAGAUAACACUUUAGAACUGUCAAGGGGUGUCAGCUGUGGUGCCAUCUGAUAACAUAUUCUCCCUCUCGGCUUUUUAAAAGCAACUUCUGCAGUAUUAUCUUGAAAUGUCCAAAUUCAUUGGUAGUCUAUAAAGAGUGUUAAAGUCCUCUUCAAAGUUAAAGUAACACUAUGCAACAAUUUGACACUUUUUGAGAUAUGGUUUUAUAGGCAACUAGUUUUGGUACCAUCCUCAAAUUAAUUUUGAUAGCAUAUGGUCAUGUGAA